AUGAUCGCAGGAGAGGACUGUGCUCAGCAGACGGGAUGUGAUUGCUGCAAGGAGUCGGCUUUGUGCUAGAAGAGGAGAGCAGCAAUGUCCAUCCAUCUACUGUAACACUGAGGCAGAGCACAGCCUUAGAAUGUAUAGACAGCCUGUAGGCAGAUCAUAAGGCUACCUACCCUCUGAGACACUAGAGUGAGAGCUGAGAUCCAGCCCAGCCUUGCACUGACCUACAUUUAUCUAUAGGAUGCACAUACAAUUGUGACCACAGAGAACCGAGAGCCCAUCCACUCCUUGGGAAAGCUGAAAGCACAGAUCUGUCCUCCCUCCCUCCCUUGUCUCCCACCAGAUUUCCCAGUGGACCCUCUGAGGGCUGAGGAUGAAGGAUCGCACCCGGGAGCUGCGUGCGGCUAAAGACAGUGAUGAAGAUGAUGAAGUGGCUGUCAGUUUGGAUCGCGACCGCUUCAUGGAUGAAUUCUUUGAACAGGUGGAGGAGAUCAGAGGUUUUAUUGACAAGAUAUCCGAGAAUGUGGAGGAAGUAAAAAGAAAGCAUAGCGCUAUCCUUGCCUCUCCCAAUCCAGAUGAGAAAACCAAGGCAGAGUUGGAAGAGCUGAUGUCGGACAUCAAAAAGACAGCCAACAAGGUUCGCUCCAAGCUGAAAAAUAUUGAGCAAAGCAUUGAACAGGAAGAAGCCAUGAACCGCUCUUCUGCUGACCUGCGCAUCCGAAAAACACAGCACUCAACAUUGUCUCGCAAGUUUGUAGAGGUGAUGUCUGAAUACAAUGCUACUCAGUCAGAUUACCGUGAACGCUGCAAAGGCCGUAUCCAGAGGCAGCUUGAAAUCACUGGGAGAACCACAACAAGUGAAGAGCUGGAGGACAUGUUGGAAAGCGGAAACCCAGCCAUCUUCUCAUCAGGGAUCAUCAUGGACUCUAACAUUACAAAGCAAGCUCUGAAUGAGAUUGAAACUCGACACAGUGAAAUCAUCAAGCUGGAAAACAGCAUUCGGGAGCUGCACGAUAUGUUUAUGGACAUGGCAAUGCUUGUAGAGAGUCAGGGAGAGAUGAUUGACCGCAUUGAGUAUAAUGUGGAACAUUCUGUGGAUUAUGUGGAAAGAGCCGUGUCUGACACCAAAAAAGCCGUCAAGUACCAAAGUAAAGCCAGAAGGAAGAAGAUCAUGAUCAUUAUCUGCUGUGUGGUGCUUGGGAUUGUCAUUGCAUCAACGUUUGGAGGAAUAUUUGGAUAGAGGAGCCACAAAUUGCAUGUUCUGGACAUAGCAGGGAAUAUGCGGUAAACAGUGCAAGCCGCUAUUGAAGUUUGGGAAGUGACAGCGAAAACACGCUUCCCAAGAGGAGAGCCCCUCUGCAUGACUACCCUGUGUGUAACCCAGCGCACGUACCCAGGGACAGACUGUUUACUGCGGGAGGGGGAGGAAGGGGUUUUAAAAAAGCCAGACCACUGACUUGGAAUUGGAUGCAAAGCAAUUCCCGUGCUUCCUCCCUCCAAGAAGAGCAUUCUCCAGCAAUGGUGGACCCGGCUUGGUGCUUUUAGGGAUCAAUAUAGGGUUAUUGCGCUGCCUUUAUAUUCUGUCCCCGUGCCCACCAGAUGCCUUUUGGGUUGGAGAAGGAUCUGUCUCUACCACAGCCAACUAGACACCAGUGUUGGGCCAAAGUGCCAAGCAGAACCAAUUUUUUUCCACCACAUUCCUCCCCCUCUGAACAAAAAAUAACUUGGGACAGCGCGCUGGGACAGACCAUGUUGGCCUCCCCUUUGCAUGACAGGGGUUCAGUGUUUGGGUAAACAUUUUAAGGUUGGAAUAUGUUUUGUGUGAUCCUCGCCCUUUUUCAACACCUCUCCAGGAGAGCGGCACAAUCCCAUUUUUUUGUAUCAUGUGCAUACAUUUCCUUUUGUAAAUUGUGUGAGCAAGGUGUCCACCUGUGUGUGUAUAUGUCUCUCUGAACCACAUAUGCAGAUGAAUCUAUGUGUGAGGAGACUCCUGUGUACUGGAAGCUGUGGAGAUGUCACGGUGGGGCGGGGCAGAACCAUCCAGUUGAGUUCGCGAUGGUAAACCAAGCCCUGAGGUGCCUUACGGCUCGUGCCAGUCGGGAGUUAACCCCUUUUUAGAGCUAGGAGAGUCUCUGUAUUUUCCCAACUCUGAAGGGAUUAAUCACCAGCAUGCUUUGUGAGGAGAGUUUUUAUAUUUGGUGUUAUAUCUUCCUGGUGUAUUUUGUCUGCAGCCCACCUGUGGCAUUUAAUAAAUGACGUGAGUUUCGGGACA